AUGGUCAAGCGACUAGGUAACAGGGUUGUUGCAGCCGAAAUCAUGACUGGGACGAAUGUUGGAGAAGAGGUUUUGAUUCCUAGGAUACAGCUGAGUCCCACCGACACGAUUCAUCCUUUCGUCUUUCGUCGACGUCAGUUCCCAAUCAGGCUAUGUUACGCCAUGACAAUAAACAAGAGUCAAGGCCAGAGCUUAAGACAAGUUGUUUUAUACCUUCCUCGCCCUGUUUUUACUCACGGACAGUUGUACGUUGCCAUGUCCAGAGUGACAACUCCAGCUGGUCUGAAGAUAUUAGACGAGACUUCCGACAAAGACGGUGAAGAUGGAGUUACCAAUAUCGUAUACAAGGAAAUUUUCAGGGAUGUUCGAGUGACUCAGUCAUCUAUCGAGAGUUACAUGACUUAA